AUGAAGGUAUCUCUUUUUCCAAAUUGGGUUUGCGAUAAAUUGUCUUCUAUGAUGAGACAGUUCCUUUGGAAGGGUCAAGUUGAUGGUAGAGGUCUUUCUCUUAUUAAUUGGAGGACCGUGGUCACUCCAAAGAAAUUUGGUGGCCUGGGUGUUAGAGAUCCUGCGUGUGUUAAUAUAUUUUUACUUGGUAAAUUGGUUUGGCAACUUUUUCAUUGUCAGGACAAGCCUUGGGUUACUCUAUUGAGGGCGAAGUAUCUGAGGAAUGUGGGAGUUUUAGAUGGCCCUAUCCCUUGCAACGCUUCUCAUGUUUGGAAGAGUAUCUCAAAGGCUUUUGGUGCUCUUAAGGAUGCCUUCUCUUGGUGCGUUGGAGACGUUUGGAAAGAUGGUCAAUGGAAUCUCCAUGAUAUUUUCUCUAUCAUUCCAGAAGAUGUUAAACAGCGUUUGAAUGCUUAUAAUCCGGAUUUGAAUGUUGGAGAGAGUUCGGAGUUUUAUUUGGGUCGUGGCUUAGCUUUAUCUAGCACCUGUCAUCGGGGUCAGAAUGGUUCUGAAUCCAUUCUUCAUUGUCUUCGGGAGUGCCCUAGUGCCAAGGAGGUCUGGAACCUUUUAGGCCUGUAUUCAAAUAACUCGGAUUUACAUGAUUGGCUCUACAGAGGUACAAGGAGUGAAGAUACGUUUCUUUUCUUUUCGACCAUCUGGUGGAUUUGGAGAAGCAGGAAUCAUGACUUAUUUAAUAUAGAUGAUUCUUGGAGUGCUAGAAAGUGUUAUUUUGCUCCAUUUGGCUAUGCUGGUUUUGGUUGUAUCAUUCGCAAUCCUGAUGGAUGUUGGUUGAAAGGUUGCACUGGAAAAGUCGAAGUGUGCAGUGUUCUAUUUGCUGAAUUGUAUGUAAUUUAG